AUGGCUCACAAGAAAACACUGCCCGUGGGGGACUGUAUCACCGAUGAAGUUGUGGAUGUGCUGGGGGCCAGAGCCGUGUUUUCUCCCGUCGGCCUUGCCCACGUGCUCCUGCUGCCAGCGUUGUGUAUUUCCUGGGGGCCAGAAUCAAAGGUGCAGGGGCUCCCUCUGCCCCUCAUAGUCAGCCUCACUGUUGCCCUCCCCGCCCCGCCAGGGAACUGCUCCUUCUUUUCUUCCUCUUCUCGCUCUGCCUGCUGCCGAGUUAGUGACCCGCUCCCGCAGUGGGAAGGCCGCUCAAAUGCCCACGUCAGAGGAGAUUACCAAAGAAUCGGAGAUGUCCUGCUGAAGAACAUUCAGGGCAUGAAGCAACUGGCGGCUCACCUGUGGAAGCACAGCGAAGCUCUGGAGGCGCUGGAGACGGGCAUCAGGGGCUCGCGGCGGCUGGAGAACUUGUGCCGAGACUUCGAGCUGCAGAAGGUGUGCUACCUGCCGCUCAACACCUUCCUCCUGCGCCCGCUGCACCGGCUCAUGCACUACAAGCAGGUCCUGGAGCGACUGUGCAAGCACCACCCGCCCCACCACGCCGACUUCCGGGACUGCCGGGCUGCUUUAGCAGAGAUUACUGAGAUGGUGGCACAGCUUCACGGUACGAUGAUCAAGAUGGAGAAUUUCCAGAAGUUGCACGAACUCAAGAAAGACUUGAUUGGCAUCGACAAUCUCGUGAUUCCAGGAAGGGAAUUCAUUCGCCUGGGCAGCCUCAGCAAGCUCUCCGGCAAGGGGCUCCAGCAGCGCAUGUUUUUCCUGUUCAACGACGUCUUGCUGUACACGAGCAGGGGGCUGACGGCCUCGAAUCAGUUUAAAGUCCAUGGACAGCUCCCGCUGUAUGGCAUGACCAUCGAGGAAAGCGAGGACGAGUGGGGUGUACCCCACUGCCUAACCCUCCGGGGCCAGCGACAGUCCAUCGUCGUGGCGGCCAGCUGCAGGUCCGAGAUGGAGAAGUGGGUUGAGGAUAUCCAAAUGGCCAUUGAUUUGGCAGAGAAAAGCAGUGGCCCCACUCCCGAAUUCCUCGCCAGCAGCCCCCCUGACAACAGUAAGUGGGCGGGCAGCCGUUCUGGUGCCGCCGGGCUCGCUGCGCCGGGAGCUGGCCAUGCUUAG